AUGGAGGCGCCCCAAGACCCCCAACAGCCGCCCCCGGCCUCCCAGCAAGCGGGGGAGGCCCUGACGACGCCCUCGCCGUCCCGCAAGCUGACCAGCGCCUCGGUCAGGGCUGACCUAGUGGCCCAUAUACGCGGGCUAGCCGAGGCGUGCGGCGCGGUGCCCGACAUCUGCAAGCGGCGAGCGCCCGGCGAGCCAGACCUGGCAGUGGGCGCGCAGGUGGCGGACUGGGAGCAGCUGCGGCGCCGCAAGGAAUUCGACCUGCUGCAGGCCUACCCCGCGGCCGGCCUGCACCCUUCCACCUUUGUGCCCACGUCGCAGGCGGUGCCGGCGCUGCCCGACUCCGCAGCAGCAGCAGUCACGGCGGCCGCCGCAGCUGCAGCAGCCCUGCCGGUGCCGGUGCCGGCCAUGGUGCCGGCCUCGGGCUCGGUUCCACUGGUGCCCGCGAUGCCGGCGCCUGCGGCGAUGCCGGCGGAGCGCCAGGCUGGCGGCGGCGUGCGCCAGGUGGGCAAGAUCACCAAGGCCAACAAGCAGAAGUCGGGGGGCAGGACCUUCACCUCCAAGUACCGCGGGGUGCACCAGACCUUCCCCACACGCCGCUGGGAGGCGCAGUUCAGGUGCGGGCGGGGGCAGCGGGCAUGGGUGCGGGAGGAGCAGGCGGCCCGCGCCUACGACAAGAUGAUGCUGUGGUGCGAGCUGCACAACGCCACGGGCGUCAAGGGCGGCAUCACCAACUUUGAUGCCAGCAGCUAUGAGGCGAGCGUGUUUGCGGAGGUGGCCUUCCUGCAGCAGUGCACCCAGGCAAGUGGAGCUGGUGCCCUGGCGGAUGACGACCUGGUGCAGAUGCUGCGCUCCGAGGGGCGCCGCCAGGCCGCGCAGCGCAUGCUCAAGCAGAAGCGGGACGGGGCGGCUGCAUAUGCCAGGGACAAUGCCAGCGACUCUGAGAACGAAUAG